GAGGGAGAGAGCGAGAGAGAGAGAGCUAGGGAGCGAAAGAACGAGAGAGAGAGCUAGGGAGCGAAAGAGCGAGAGAGAGCCGCACACAGUACACACUGAUAGAAACAGAGAGAAAGAGGUUGAAAGUGAGACAUUGAGACAGUGUAGUGAUACUGAUUGGAAGAAAAGAAGAAGAACGGAGAAACAGACUGACACAAAGUUAGACCAGGAGGGCAGAGAGAGAGACAGAGAGAGAGACAGAUAGAGAGGCAACAUGUGUCUGAUGUGAUAAAUUCUACUCUUUCCCUCUAAAUAGACUGAGAGACGAACCUUGAGGACAGGCUGAGGGGCCCUAAUACUGAGACUUGGACUGAAAGAAGAGGACAGUCACACACGGACUGACCCUGCUUUUGGUCUGUUAGUGCUGCUCAGGGUGAUCUGAGAUGGUCAGACUAUAUACCUACAGCUAUGAAGAACAGUGUGGACACACCUGGGCAGACUUAAAUGGACGCACAGACCUGAAUACUCCUGGACAUAUAAAUAGACCUGCACUCAGAACCCUGACCACACUGCUCUGAACAAGCCUCACCAUUGGCCAGCCACAUCCUGACCAGUGGCUGUUUCCGGUGGGCAGGGUUAAGAUGAGCCUGUCCAAUCAAAGCUGUGGUAGUAGCAUUGACGACUUGCGGCGCUACCAACAUCAUGUUUACGCAGUUGUCUACAGCGUCAUCUUGGCCCCGGGCCUUCUGGGUAAUGUCCUGGCUCUUUGGGUGUUCCAGGCAUACGUCAGGGAGACCAAGAGAGGAGUGGUAUUCAUGAUGAACCUGGCUGUAGCUGAUCUCAUGCAGGUCCUCUCCCUACCUCUCCGUAUCUACUACUACCUGAACCAUACCUGGCCAUUCGGCCAGCCUCUCUGCAUGUUGUGUUUCUACCUGAAAUACGUCAACAUGUACGCCUCUAUAUUCUUCCUGGUGUGUGUGAGUGUGCGGCGCUGUGAGCUCAUCAUGCACCCGCUGAGGUACCGUUCCAACAGACGACGAGGGGACAUGUGUGUAUGUGCCGCUGGCUGGUUGCUGGUCUGUCUCGGCUGUCUGCCUUUCCCUCUGCUCCGAAACACCAGCCUGACCCCUGACCUCUACACUCACACUGCCCCCUAUGACCUUACCCCUAACCCCUAUGCCUCCAGUCCUAGCUCAUAUGCCCCAGCCCCCACCUCUUCCCCAACCCCUACACCUGGCCCUACCUCCCUGGUGGCGGUGUGUUUUGCGGAGCUCCCCAUGCGUGAAGUCAGCCCUGCGGCCGGCUGGGCUCUGAUGGUGGGGGCGGAGCUGGUUGGCUUCAUCCUCCCUCUGAUCCUAGUUCUGACAUGUGCCUGUCUGUCAGCCGGCAGCCUGCGAGUCCACAGGGGGGAGGGGGAGGGGGGAGGGGUGAAGGACCAUGGGGAGAAGAAGAGGGCGUUGAGGAUGGUGUUGAGCUGUGCCGGGGUGUUCCUGCUCUGCUUCUCCCCAUACCAUGUCACCAUGCCACUAGACUUUCUGGCAAAGGCCGAUGCCCUGGGGAGCUGUGAGGUCAGAGAGAUGGUGCUGCGAUGCCAUCCUGUCACCCUCUGUCUUGCCAGUCUCAACUCAGGACUGGACCCUCUCAUGUAUUACUUUACUACAGAUGAGUUUAGGAGAAGAUUCAGCAGGCCAGAAAUACCUGAGAGCUUCAGUCUGGCUCCAAGACUAUCCUGUACUAGUGGUGGGGGGGAGAAGGACCUGCCUCUGACACCUGAACCUGACCUAUAACCCCUCAGCAGGCCAGCGAUACCUGAGCGCUUCAGUCUGGCUCCAAUAAUCUCCUGUACUAGUGGUGGGGGGAGCAAGGACUUGCCUCUAACCCCUGACCUCUAACCCUGACCCUGGCCCCAAGACUGUCCUGUACUGGUGGAGUCUGUAAGACUGAACCCUGACCUCUAACCCCAAGACUGUCCUGUUCUGCCAUGGACAACAAGGCAUGGGGGGAAAGAGAAACAAGGACAAAGACUGAACCCUGACCUCUAACCACAAAACUGUCCUGUUCUGCUGUGGACAGCAAGUCAUGGGUGAAGAGGGGAAACAAGGACAAAGGGAACAAGGAGAGCGUUUCAAAUGUGAACUAAAGACAGUUUAUUACUCCAAAUAUGGACAUCUGCUGGACUGCGUUUGGAACUGCCGGUCUGUGGUAAAAAAUGAGCGUUCAUUUCAGCCUAGGCUGCCCUUCAGUCCCUAGACUUUUUGGUCCUGGUGGAGAUAUGGAUCACCCCAGUGAACACUGCUACUCCAGUUGCCCUGUCUUUAUCUGACUACGUUUUCUCUCAUAGUCCAAGAGCAUCUGGUCAUCACCGUGGUGGCACAGGGCUACUCAUUUCUCAUAAUGGGAGAUUUUCUCCUUCUCCCUCACCUGUCCAUCUCCUCAUUUGAAUUCCAUGCUGUCACUGUUACUUGUCAACUAAAGCUUAACAUUGUUUUAAUCUAUCGCCCAUCAGGUUCCCUUAGAGAGUUCCUCAAUGAGCUUGACACCUUGAUAACCUAAUUUCGUGACAAUGGCUCACCGCAAUCUCCUUUUCUUUCUCCCUUUCCUCCAACCAUAACCACUCAGCCCCUACCUAGAUGGUCAUGCACUGUCGCAAUCUUCUCUCUCUCUCCCACUACUCUCUCCUCUUCUAUCCUAUCUUCUCUCCCUUCUGCUAAAUCCUUCUCCCUCCUGUCUCCAUAUUCUGCCUCUUCGACCCGACUGUCCUCUUUUUCUGCAUCCUAUGACUCUCACUGUCUCCUUUCCACCGGCCCAGCUCCCAACCGGCUCGGGCUUCCCUUCCUGCUCCGUGGCUGAGUGACUCAUUACGAGCUUACAGAACAGGGCUGCAGGCAGCUGAAUGACUCAUUAGGAGCUUACAGAACAGGGCUGCAGGCAGCUGAGGGAAAAUGGAGGAAAACGAAAUCAUUAUUUUACUCCCUCUUCUCCACCUUCUGUUCCUCUGUGUCUGCUGCUAAAGCCACUUUCUAUCACUCUAAAUGUAAGAUUCUGCCACUAACCCUAGGAAACUAUUUUCCUCGCCUUAAUCCCCCUCCCUCCUUCCUUCUCCCUCUCUGCAGACGACUUUGUCAACCACUUUGAACAGAAGGUUGACGACAUCCACUCCUCAUUCACUAUUGAAUCCACUGGUCCCAGAACUACCCUACGCCUGGACUUUUUUUUCGCCAGAUGAAAUCCUGCGACUAGUGAUUUCCGUCCGCCCGACAAUCUGCCUGCUCAACCCCACACCCUCCUCCCUUCUCCAGACCAUCUCUGGAGACCUUCUCCCAUUCCUCACUUCCCUCAUCAACUCAUCCCUGACCACUGGCUGCAUCCCCUCUGACUUCAAAAUGGCAGAGUCGCUCCCCUCAAGAAACCAACAAUUGACAUCAGAAACUAGAGAACGAUAUUCUAGAUCCUAAACAGUCAGGCUUCAAGACGGGUCACUCAACCCAGACUGCUCUCCUCUGUGUCACGGAGGCUCUCCACACUUCUAAGCUGACUCUCUCUCGGUUCUCAUCUUCUUAGAUCUAUCCGCUGCCUUAUCGUGAACCAUCAGAUCCUCCUCUCAACCCUCUCAGGGCUGAGCGCCUCAGGCUCUGCCUCCUCUCCAUCCUCUCAGGGCUGGGCGUCUCAGGCUCUGCCUCCU